CAAUGUAUAAAUUGCUUUUUUGAUCACGUUUUUAUGUUUCUUUAAACAUACGUAUGUAUUUGGUAUAUAUACUGGGUACAUAUCGAAGCAGAGAUCAAUGUUUAGGGAACUUUCGAGACUUUUGGUGUGAAGAAGGUAACGAAAUUUAACCAGACAUAAAACAAAAGAUACAGAAAAUAUAAGUUUCACAAGAAAAGAUUUUAGUUUGUUGUUUUUGUUAUUAUUGGUUCGUAAUUUAUAACAAUUUUAUUCCUAACGCGACUAAAUCAUUAUUGCAUAUUGCUAAGUUUUAGAACAUAAUACAACGAAAAUGGCUCCUCUUUUAUCUAAAACAAUGUGGGAAACGAUGGAGGAAGAAACUCAGGCAAUGAUGGCAGUGUGGCCGGAAAUUGUUCAUGACAUCAUGGAACAUAUCAAGAACAAUCCUGAUAUUGAUAAGUGGAUGAACAAAGUAUUACAAUAUAAUGUCUCAGAAACAAAGCAUCUUCAUAGCUUAACAGUAGUUUAUGCAUAUAAAUCGAUAACACCUAGUGAACAGCAGACAGAAGAUAACAUUCGCUUAGCAAGGAUUUUAGGAUGGUGUAUGGAAAUGGUGCGUAAUCCUUUUUUUCGAAACUUGGGGUUUUUUUCACAAACAAAUUUAAGUUAAUUUAAUAUCGUUAAACAUCAUUAAACACGAGAUGUACGAGAGUCAUUUUUAAAAUAAGAACCGAUUGUGUAUCGCGUCCGCGGUGGCUGUCACGUGACGUCUAUUUAAGGUUAGCCAUUCUUGGUCAGUCCCUCACUAUGCCUCCAUUAAGUUUCACGUCUCUGCCGGUGUUGGUUGUGUGGUUAUACUACUUUGUUUGUCGCCAUGUCAAUCAGUAAUCCCGCCGAUUGUGAAGGGCGUUCUGUUAUUCGGUUUUUAAAUGCAAAAAAGUUCUUUCUGCUGAAAUUCAUCGGCAGCUUGUUAAAGUUUAUGGUGAAGGUGUAAUGAAUGAUGGAAAUGUGCGUAAAUGGUGUAGGUUUUUUAAUGAAGGAAGGACAAAUAAACGCUCGGCCUCACGUUGCGGCAAGAACAUAAAGGCAACUGGUCAACUUUCAUUGGGAAUUACUGGAUCAUUCACCAUAUAGCUCUAAUUUAGUACCAUCGGACUUUUAUCUUUUUCCAAAACUUAAGGAAUUUCUUGGUGGAAAGCGAUUGGAAAAUGAUGACCGAUUAAAAGAAAUUGUUACUAACUGGUUUAACGGUCAGACGGCAGAGUUCUUUAAUGAGGGGAUCCAAAAGUUGGUGCCACGACUUAACAAAUGUUUAGAUAU